CGCCGUUAAACCUCAUCGAAUAAGAAGUUGUUCCCACACAACAAGGAAGUACCGGAACUCACCCGCACUAGAAUUGCACGUAAGAUGGAUUCGCCGGAGCAAAAGAUAACGAAAACUGUGUCCAGAGAGGACGCGAGUAAAGAAAGCAUGGCGAACAGCCGGCAUGUCAUCGGAAUACAUUUCUGUGGGCCCACGCCUCUGGUGUGGCGUGCGGACGAGUUGAAAUCGGCCCGUGAACUGGGUAUCAUAGGGACCCUGGUGGGGUCUCUGGCCCGACAACCUAGGCAGAACACCCGGCUGGGGAGACCCCUCGAGCUGCUGCCGGAGGAGGGACGACUGCUGGCGGACAUGGGGAGAGCUGCAGUUAUUCCUGACUCGACAAAUGAGGAUCCCGAGGUGAAUCCAGAGCAAGUGGAGCAGUACCAUGCAGGACUGGAGAACAGCUUUCAGGAACAGGGUGCCAUGGCCUUGGCGGACAGGAAGACAACAUUACUGAGAGUAAUGACUGAGAAACAUAACGAGGAUUCUGGAAGCCAGGUGGAUUCAGACGGUGCGGUGAGAGACCGUCUCGAAGCUCUGGAGCACGGCUUCUCAUUCCCUCGCAUGGCCAUGGCGGUGCAACUGUGCACAGCCCGAGCAGGACUGUCUCACUGUCCGGAGGUGCGCCGUUUCCUGGCCGCAGACUGGCCCACACCACGGGACGAGAGGUCCGAGACCCGGUUCCGAGUGUUCAGGGACCUGAGGCGCCAGGGCUUUUACCUCACCUCGGCCGGGAAGUUUGGGGGAGACUACCUGGUGUACCCAGGUGACCCCCUCCGUUUCCACGCGUAUUUCAUUGUCGUGUGCAUCUCCAUGGACGAGUCGAUGCCCCUGUGUGACGUUCUGGCCAUUGCCAGGCUAGGGUCCAAUGUGAAGAAGACUGUCCUCCUGUGUUCGUCGGGGGAAAGCCAGGAAGAUGACAGGGAGGAGGUGGUGUACACGUCACUACAGUGGAGUGGAAUGGUGUAGGAUCACAGUUGGGAACUAUAGGUGGAAGCAAUAUGGCGACAUCUCUCAUCUAGCCAAGAGGCUACACGUCACUACAGUGUAGUGGAAUGUUGUAGGCAGCACCACAGUGGGACACUAUAUAUGGCGAUAUCGUUCACCUAGCCGGAAGUUGUCAUAAUGCUUAUAUCUUUCAAAUUCAUUCAACACAACAGGAGUGCCAAGGGUGUAGAGUCUAGGGUUCGUUUGUAAUUUCAGCCACUGAACAGGUGGGACGGUUACAGACAGCAGGGGUUGUAUUCACUAGGAAGCAAACGGGGCGGAAUUUAUCUGAAUUUGUCCAAUAAGAAACUUGUUUUCGUUGCAAAACAUUUAGCUAGUGUCCACUAAUGAAUACACCCCCGGUGCGUUGCUCUCCAGUCCAGUGGGGAGGCUACUAUUAUUGUACAACAAUUAGCAGCGGUACAGUAGGAGUUUGUGAAUAAGAGUUUAUGAUUUUGGUAAAGUAGCUUGGUUUUUUAUCAAAAAUGAAAAGUCGAUAAUACUGCCAACGGUCAUGGCUUGGCUUGAGUGGUGGGGGGGGGGGGGGGGGGGGUUCCUUGGAAAAAUAUUUACUUUGAAGUGUGUGUGGAUUGUAAUGUGACAAUUGUUGAAAAUAUAUUUGAAGACGAUUCACUUUUGUGUAACCAUUGUUUGAGUGCCGAUUUGUGUUCAGAAAUACCUGACAGAGAGUUGCCACCACAGAAGAAAAGGAAAGCACUUGCAUUAGGAAAUGCAAUUGAAAACAUUUUGUGGUGGAAAGCAAAACAAAAAAUGAGUGUUUCUUAAUGAACGCUCCAGGUAGUCCCAGUUUCAGUUCGGUUUUCUUUUUGGUGCUUAAUGAACACGACCUUGGACUGCCCCACAUAAAACUGUUGGCUUCUUGGAGAAUGGUCAACGGUGUGAAAAAGCAUGUAUAUUUACUGUACAUGACACCAAAUAGAUAUGACCAAACAUCCACGUUAGAACAAUACAUCGUAAUGUGAUCAGAGGAAGGGGACCGGUUGUCCCAAUUCAACCAGAAAUGCUCUCCACAUUUUGCUGUUGGCUUGUAUUCAAAAUUGAUUAAAUAGAUUUUUCUCACCCAUCUAUCAACAAUACCCCAUAAUGACAAAGUGAAAAUAUGUUUUGGACAUUUAUUGAAAAUGAAAUAUAGAAAUAUCUAAUUUACACAAGUAUUCACACCUGAGUCAAUACAUGUUAGAAUAACCUUUGGCGGCGUUUACAGCUGUGAGUAUUUCUGGUUAGUCUAACAGCUGGUCUAAGUCUAACAGCUUUGCACAGCUGGAUUGUACAAAAUUCUUCGAGCUCUGUGAAGUUGGUUGUUGAUCAUUGCUAGACAGCCACUUUCAAGUCUUGCCAUAAAUUUUCAAGACGAUUUUAAGUAAAAACUGUAACUGCCACUGGAACAUUCCAUGUCGCCUUGGUAAGCAACUCCAGUGUCUAUUGCCUUGUUUUAGGUUAUUGUCCUGCUGAAAGGUGAAUUUGUCUCCUAGUGUCUGAUGGAAGGUAGACUAAGUAAGGUUUUCCUCUAGGAUUUAGCCUGUGUUUAGCUCUAUUCCAUUGUAUCCUAAAACACUCCCUAGUCCUUGGCGAUGACAAGCAUACCCAUAACAUGAUGCAGCCACCACCAUGCUUGAAAAUAUGAAGUGGUACUCAAUGAUAUGUUGGAUUUGCCCCAAACAUAACAUAAUUUACAUAAUUUGUUAGUAUUGUGGAGUAACUACAACGUUGUUGAUCCAUCCUCAGUUUUCUGCUAUCAGCCAUUAAACUCUUAACGCCAA